GCAUUUCUUAUCAAACAGCAGCCGGCGCUCAAAUCACCAGCAUCCCUCGACUUCCAGUCAAAUCAAGCUCAUACAAAAAUGGCAUUCAAGUUUGUGGCCCUGCUCGCCCUGAUCGCCGCCGCCAGCGCCGGUGUCCUGUCCGCCGCCCAGGUGUACCAUGCUGCUCCGGUGGCCACCUAUGCGGCACCAGCUCCCGCCGCCGUGCUGAAGACCGUGGCCCAUCCGGUGCUGGCCAAGUCCGACGAGGAGUACGAUCCCCAUCCGCAGUACAAGUACGCCUACGAUGUGCAGGACGCACUCUCGGGCGACUCCAAGAGCCAGGUGGAGGAGCGCGACGGGGACGUGGUUCGCGGGGAGUACUCCCUGGUCGAUUCCGAUGGCUUCAAGCGCACGGUGCAGUACACCGCCGAUCCCAUCAACGGAUUCAAUGCCGUGGUCAACCGCGAACCGCUGGUAAAGACCGUGGUUAAGACAGUGGCUCCAGUGGCGCCCGUCUACGCCGCCUAUCACCACUAAGCCCCGCCAGUUUGGAGCCCAUUUUUGUUGACUUAGUUGUAGGGUUGCAUCCGCAAAUAUAUAUAAACAUAUAUGACUUUUUUUAUGAAAACUUUGGUAUAUCAAAUUGAA